UGAAAGUUACUCUCCCAGACUCCGGGAGGCCAGAAACUUGACAAACAAGACAGGAAAAGCACCCGUAUAUUUGUCCCAGGUCGCUUCGGGUCGAAGUGUCUUGAGAAUUGAAGGAUGUGUCCUUGAAGUAAGCCGUGUUGUGUGUUUCUUGGCUCAGGUGUCAAAGGUGCUACCCGAACAAAGGGUCCGAGGGGGUGUGUGUGACCCUCAUUUGCAUAGCGUCCAUAGCGACCCCGCCACGUUCCUAGCAACCACAGAGAACAAUAUGGCGGCCAUAGUAGGUUAGUCACAGAACUUGGUUCAAAAGAUUUGAGCAGUAAAUAUGCAGUCUUCCAGGGACAAGCCGGUCUUGCAGCCAUGACGGAGGAUGAGCAGUUCCACUUCACGUUUUCUCCUAAGAUUAACGAAGCGAGCAAGGUUCUCGCGGAGCAGAAGAGGGCGCGAGAGAGACUCGCUGUUAUCACGCGCAUGGAGACCAUGAUGGCCGAAGAAAGACAGAAGCAACAACAACAACAACCGGACCAGCAACCCCAGGAAACUAAAGAUGACAGCGGGAUUCCUCAGCCCACAGGUAGCACGUCUCUCCCUCAAGGCGCCGCUACGUCUAAGCCACCCGUCAAGACUUUUCAGAGGUACAGUUUCGAGAGCGAGCUCACCUUCGCACCCAGACUCAACGCCACGAGUAUGAGAUUAGCGCGCGAGCGGGAGAGACAGGGAAACGUGGUGGCUUCUUCCGCGGCAAAACAGGCGUCAGAAGAGGAGUACAUGUUCACCUUCCAACCCAGGGUCAGCUCCAGUAGUCGGAGAAUCGCACAGAACCUCGGCACCACGUUCAUGGCGCGGCAACAGAUGCAUUUAGAAAGGCAACGCAAAUUGCUGGAGCAGGGGCAGCUCCCGUCCUUCAAAGAGCCGAUGCAGUCGCGACCCAAGAGACUACGCCAUCACAAGUUGCCCGGGGAGGCCAAAGCCAACCUUCCGUCUCUUCCCGGUAACACCAGCGGGGAGGAGGGGGGGCAACAGGACUCCUCUUCUGACGGAGGUUCGGACAGUGGUCUGACCCCUCGUAAGCGGCCAACGAGAGGCGGAGAGGUCAGCAAGUCACACCCCGUACCUUCACUGGGCAGCAAACUUGGUGCCUCAGCAAACGGACUACAUGGUUCCAGAAGGAAAACCUUGCCUCCCAAAUAUCUGCCUGGCCUCCCAGAUAUCAACAAUCCCCCAGCCACAGCCCCUCCCUCUCACCAGCGCUCACAGACACUACCUCCCACCACCGCAUCAACCUCCCCUCGACGCAGGGUCAACACAGCAAAAAUCUACGCCAACGUAACACGGGUCAAAAAUGCCAAGCUUGCAGCUGAAAGGGCUAUGAGGAUGAAAAGAGUAUUUACCAUUCAUGGUCCCUACCCAUUUGUGAGGAAGGCUCUGAGGGAAAGAGGCUGGGUGGAACGGUUUAUCAAACCUGAACUGAAGAAAAGGGAACGUUCAAGCAAAGAGGAGGAUAGCGAUGAUGAUGAUGAUGGAGAUAAUGGGAACAGCAGUGACAGCGAUGAUGACGGCGUGUGUGACGCUGUUUGCCAGGACAGCACGACGGAGGUGGACAGCGGAGACGGCGACAGCGAAAACGUGUAUGGCAUCAUGGUGGGUAACGAAGAGAUGCUCGUGUCACGGAUGUUGCGGAACGCUAACCCCUCCUUCAUCUGGACCUGUCGGGCGAACACAUUUGACAGCAGGAUGCUGAGAAAGGACCAGAUCUACAAUCAUUUUACAAAAGCCAACUUCACCACCAAGGUGGGGCUGUGCAUGAACCUACGGCAGCUACCCUGGUAUGAAGACACAGAUGCCAACUGGUUUUACCCUCGCUGCUACCGUCUAAGUGUCGAUGAAGAAAAAUUUGAUUUUAUUGAUGACUAUAGACUGACGGCAGCAGCCAGUGUGCUGAAGGUCACCCUCCAACAGCUCAGACCUGAGGUCGACACUCCCAGCCAAUCAGACGAGGAGGAGGAUGAUGAUGAUGAAGAGGAGGAUGGGGAGGAGGAGGAGGAGACAGUACCGUCAGAUGUGGACACACCGCGCAGUACCAACAGCCAGAAAACCAACACUACAACAACUACCUGCAGUCCCAGAGUAACAGGUAGAAAACAGAAGAAAGGUGGAGUUGUACCGACACAAGUUGUGCAGACAUCCCUGACUAUCCUGGACAGUUUCCUCUCCUGUCUGGAGCAUGAUGACAUAGAGGAUGGCAAGGAGCAUUUUCCUCCUAACCUGCCAGAAGAGACAUGGAACACCUUUAUACAGCAGUACUAUACUUUGGUCCAUGACUGUGGCACCCUGAGUACAGACAGUGAUGUAGACAUAGAUCGGUGUGUGGACACACUGGAACAGUUUAAGGAGGCGUGGCCACAGUGUCAGAUAGACGGCACCACCAACAUGUGGAUCGUCAAACCUGGGGCCAAGUCAAGAGGCAGAGAAAUCAAAGUGAUGAACAAACUAGAAGAUAUCUGUAAGCUGGUAGAAAGCACAGUUGUGAAGAAGGAAGGAAAGUGGGUUGUGCAGAAAUACAUUGAGGAUCCUCUGCUGAUUCACAACACCAAGUUUGACAUCCGUCAGUGGUUCCUGGUGACAGACUGGAACCCUCUGACCAUCUGGUUCUACAAGGACUGCUACCUGAGGUUCUGUUCUCAGGAAUUCUCCCUGGAGAACUUCCACGAAGCCAUUCACUUGUCAAACAACUCAGUGCAAAAGAACUACAACAGCCCUCGUGCAAGUAACAUCCCAGCCAACCUCAUGUGGCACUCCAAGACCUUCAAGGAGUACCUCAGAUCUGAUGGCAAUGGUGACAUGUGGGAGUCCCUGGUGUAUCCAGGCAUGAGACAGGCUGUCAUCUAUGCAAUGGAGGCUUCUCAAGAUAUGAUCGAGGGCAGAAAGGGUUCCUUUGAGCUGUAUGGAGCAGACUUCAUGUUAGACACAGACCUGAACCCGUGGCUGAUUGAGAUUAACUCCAGCCCCUGUAUGUCCCCCUCCACCACCAUCACAGCAGAGAUGUGUGCCUCUGUGCUGGAAGAUACCAUGAAAGUUGUUCUGGAUAGAAGAUCAGAUAAAAAUUGUGACACGGGGAGAUUUGAAUUAGCAUUUAAACAGAGCACAAUCCACAUCCCACCUUACAUCGGGAUCAGCCUGUCUGUUGAGGGGCAGGCCAUCCACAGACCUGUGGAGAGACGACAGUCGCAGGCCAACAAUGGGACAACAAACGGCAAUGACUCAGGAAACGCAACCCGCGACUCCAACAACGCUUCAACAAACAAAACAAACUCUGCUGUCAACUCUUCGCAAAACGGUUCAAGUAGAUCUGGAGUUGGCAACGCUGGCGGAAACUCUUCGCAAAACGGUUCAAGUAGAAACUUUGGACAGCAAUCAAAUUCUCCUCCGAAAAUCACGUAUUCGACACAGGGACAUAAUAAUAAGGACUCCUCCAAUGUACCCGAACCUGGGAAAAAUGGCGGCCCGCCUCUACCUCAUGGGUAUCACAACACGAGAGUGAAGGCUAAAAGUGCGCUGAUGCAGUCCAGUAGGAAAACCGCGGUGCCCGCCAUCCGACUGUACAACAACAGGUCACCCAACAACAGACAGGCCAUGCCGCUGAAACAUGUGGAGGGGUCAGACUUCAGUAAUGUGGAACAGGAUGAUACAGCCACAGCGGAAGCUUCCUCCGACGUCCAACCACAGGCCUCGGGCCUCACCUGCGUCUCCUGUGGUGGGGUCGGCAGCAGAAAGACGUCGGCGCUACCAAAUAAGGAAAACCUCCUGUUCCCAGUGCCCAGGGACGUUCCCAUCAUGCCCCUGCCCCUGGCCAUGCAGGGCAUCGACCUCCAGCCCAAAAUGGUGGCCAAGAACUCUGUCAUUAGCAUAAACGCCCUCCCCAUCCAGAGCGAUUCCGUGAGAAUCGGUUUUCACCGUGACGCGACGGGACACCACCUGCACCGCCGCCACCACCUCAACAACCCCCAUCACCCGCACUACCACGAGGGACGGGGUAUGAACGGGAAGAAGAAGUCCAACGCGGUCCACCGGACCGUCCUCAACACGGGAAUCGUACAGCCACACGUCCGCCCCAUCGCAAUCGUGUCACAGUCAUACAGGUGA